AUGGAGCGGAACGCGCGGGAGGCGCACGAGGAGCAGGAAGGCGCCCGCCUGGAGAAGGCAGAGGCAAAUAGGGCAGAGGCCGCCGCUUUGAAGAAACUAGCGGAGGCCGAGGCCGCCGCCGCGGCGAAGAAGCAGGCCGAGGAAGCCGCACGCCGUCAGUCGGCGAUGUUUGUCACUCCCCUGAACUCCGCGCCGCCACCACCGGAGUUCGUGGCGCAGACUGGGGAAGCCAGUGGCGAGCACCCUAUCAUGGAGAGGGACAGCGGCGACGUCACCAUGCCGGAAGUAAUUGUGCCCCCGCCACCACCUUCUGAGGAGGCGCGAGACAAGCAGCCGGCCGACCCGCCGGCGCCACCAGCCGGAAACGAGAUAGUGACGGGCCCGACUCCUGGGGUCCUUAUACCCUUAUGCCGCCGGCUCGCAAAGGCGGCCUCGGCGCCACGCCCGCUGGAGACUGGCGCCGCAAGCUCCUCGAUCCCGGACACCGAGGCGACCAGCGCUGCGCCCACUGGGUGGGUGCGGGGAGGCGGGACGGGCCCUCUGAACAAGGCGAUCCUGGACGUUCAAGCCAAACUCCGCGCCGAAGCCGACAUCCUUAAGCACUGCAACAAGACGUUCCUGGAAUCGCGAGAGGCCAUCCGGGAUUAUCAUAACCUCUGUGCGGCCGCCUUCAACUCCAAAGUCCAGGAGUUGGAUCAAUGUGCCGCCGACUUGUCGGAGAGCCGGAAGGCCAACGCCACCCUUCAGCAGCAGCUGGGUGAAGCCAACACCGUGUUGCGUGCCAAAGAAGCAGAAUGCAACAAGCUGGUCGAAGAGCGUGACCUGUUGACUUCUUCCCUGGUCAUUCUGACGCCGCCAAUCAGGCCAUCGAAGCUGAUCCCGAAGGACAGAGGGCAGAAGGCGCACAAAUUGCCUCCAACGCCCCCCGGACCCUUAGCGAGCAGCUCCUGA